AGUGCGGCCUGCGCACCCGCCACGUACGGAGGGCUGCCUAGACACAGGCGCAGACGCGCACCAGUCCCCCUCCGGCUGGCCGCGCGAAAUCCACGCCGUCUGUGAACAGGUCGGCUCUGCAAUGCGAACCAAUCGUGGGUCACGGCGUUGGCAGAUACCACAGCAGAUGAGGACGGUCUGAGGGAAGGGGACAGCUGUGUUCCAGGAGAGGCAGGCGGCUGUCAGCUGCAGAGAGCGCAGCCACAGCCCGCCGGCACCUGAGCGGGAGGCGGCCCCUCCCCCACCGUCACAACCGCCGUCACCUACCGCGAGGCCUCUUCACCGCCGCCCCGGAUACCGCCUCCGGCCGCUGCUGCGGCCAUGAACUGCUCUCUCAGCCUCAACUCUUGCUGGACGCACGAUGUGGUCGCCGCCAACGGAUCAGACUCCAGCCUGUACGAUGUGCCCGGCGGCGUGGUGGCGCUGCUGUCCCUGUGCUACGGCUCCAUCUCUGUGCUGGCCGUGGUGGGCAACUCGCUCGUCAUGUGGAUCGUGGCCACGUCGCGUCGCAUGCAGAACGUCACCAACUGCUUCAUCGCCAACCUGGCGCUCGCUGACAUCGUCAUCGGCUUGUUCGCCAUACCUUUCCAGUUCCAGGCGGCGCUGCUGCAGCGCUGGAACCUGCCGCACUUCAUGUGCGCCUUCUGCCCCUUCGUGCAGGUGCUCAGCGUCAACGUCAGCAUCUUCACGCUCACCGCCAUCGCCAUCGACAGGCACCGCGCCAUCCUCAACCCGCUGAGCGCGCGCCCGUCGAAGCUGAGGGCGAAGCUGUGCAUCGCGGCCAUCUGGUGCGUGUCCGGCGGGCUGGCGGCGCCGAUGGCGGCCGCGCUGCGCGUCGUCGUCGUUACGGAGACGCUGGGUGAGCGCGUGGUGACGAAGCCGUUCUGCAUCAACGUGCACCUGUCCAACGAGGCGAUGAUGUCGUACCGCAUGGUGCUGUUCCUGGUGCAGUACCUGACGCCGCUGUGCAUCAUCUCGUACGUGUACGCGCGCAUGGCGCUCCGCCUCUGGGGCUCCAAGGCGCCGGGCAACGCGCAGGACACCCGAGACGCCACACUCAUGAAGAACAAGAAGCGGGUGAUCAAGAUGCUGGUAAUCGUGGUGACGCUGUUCGCAGUCUGCUGGCUGCCACUGCAGACUUACAACGUCCUCCAAGACGUCUUCCCCUACAUCAACGAAUAUCACUACAUCAACAUCAUUUGGUUUUGUUGCGACUGGUUGGCCAUGAGCAACAGCUGCUACAACCCAUUUAUCUACGGAAUUUACAACGAGAAAUUCAAGCGGGAGUUCCGGCAGCGCUUCCCGUGGCGGUCCCGCGGCUGGUCGUCUUCUCCAGUGACCGAGUCUCUGGAGCUGGAUCGCUCGUACGGGGGUCCAGCGACCGGCCGCUGUUCGCUUCGCAGCUCCGGCUACGACUGGAGGCGCUCCUACUCCGCCACUCCCGCCGACCGACGCAGCGUCCACCGCGGCAACACUGCCAGCUUGGCCAAAGCCACCCUGCUCCGUUCCGCGACGACACAGAGGUCGCUGCCCCAUCGACAGGAGAAGCUGGAACGGAUAGCGGACGUCGCCAAUGGUCAUGGAAAGGUCUCCACAUGCCCAGCCACCACGGAAAUGUACAUCUUUCCCGCAGCUGGAGUCCUUUCCAAAAAGGACAUCACUUCCAGCAUGGAGGAACUGUGCUCCUUAUAGACUGCUGGCUGUCGAAACCAUUAAAGAUUUACUCUGCUUUCUCUGAGUCGAUGCGUUGGCAUUUGUUUGCUGUCUGCUUGAUGUCCUCUGAACUGGGUAAGAUAUGUGCAUAAUGGACAUUAUGUGCUUUAACAUAUCCGACAAGAGGCGUUCUGAAACAAUCUUAUACUGAGGAGCUCGAAACAGAUAUGAAACUGCCAUAACGAUACAUGUGAGAUUGUCCUAGAAGUUCGAUAUGUUUGCACAACCUGGUAGAGUGACAUAUUUCUUCACUAACAAAAAAUAACAAAACUAUAUCUUCUCGUGACAGUCCUACAGUCUACGAAAGAAGUUGUUGCCAUCCAGAGGUAGAGGCAAAAAAAGUAGUGAUAAAGUACAGACACUUCGACGACAACUAAUUUCGCAAAAAUUUUGCUUAUAGAUAUUAUGGACCAGAUGUCACACUGUGGAAUUCAGGGUGUUAGGUUACGUAUCUGUAUCUGUUUCACUUCUACUCAGGACUGUUUCUGCAAUCUGGAAGAAGACGCUCAGAGUACCAGUGGUUCUUGAGAGAACGUCAAUAUAGCUAACGAUUCGUGAUCUGGUUCUGAGAAAUAAGGAACAUUCUGUGCACUUCUUCAUUCCUUCAAUGGCAGCCAAAAAAUUCGACUAAGAGAGAGUUACAUGCGCGCUACUGAAAAAGGUCCUGCAUUUCACUACAUCAAGUCUCUCGAGGUCGCCGAAACUGUUUCGUUGUGAAGAGACUUAUAACCUAUUCGUCGAACAAAACUGGUGUGUUUUACAUUUAACAGAAAACCAUUUUUAACGGCCUUCCGCCGUGCGUUAUUGUAAUCACAGUGCAUCUGAAUGAGUGAAACCUGAAAUUGUUACAAUAUCGUCAAAUACUUAUCGCAAGAUGGGAACAAUAUUGUUAACUGGAUCUCCUGAUAUUCAUCCAUAGUAAAUUAUUCGAUAUUACUCGCUGCUUAGUCCUCCGGUCUUCUCAGGAAUCGCAGUUUUUAAAAUUUACACAGCAGAAUUAGAGACCUAACGAAUUUGUGAACAUUUGCUGACAAGCUAAGCAGUGUCUAUAACUGAAACUGUCGGCUACCGAAGCAUUUACUCUUCUUAAACUGUCCUAGUCAGUCACUGAUGGGCUGUGUCGCCUUGACGCACAGAACAAGCCUGCAGUUCUGUGUGUCAAAGGGACAGAAUGGCCUUAGCUCAACCACAGAUCAGUGACCAGCACAGUGUUUCAAAUGCUACAUUUUCCAAGCCUACAAGCAAGUUUCUGAAAAUGAAGCCUCUGAGAGCAAAGGAUUCAUUGCAGUGGGCAACGCACGUAUCAGCGACAACUUUUUCACGUAUGAAAAAUUAUGUAAUUGUUGACACUAAUUGGCUACCUGUUACACCAUGAGCCACAAAGAGUUCUCCGUUGAUGUUAAAAUCUCUAAAUACAGUGUAAGUGUUCUGUUUUAAGAGCACAUAAAUGUACUUUUCUUCACAAUCUGUAUGAGUUUAUAUUUAUUGAUAUUCUAUUUCUCUCACUGUUGCAAUAAAGAUGUAUCCAAUUAAGCACAA